AUGGACGUUCAUCAGUCGGGGGGGCAGCUGGGGGCAGGCACUGCAUCCCAAGGCAGGCAGCAGACGCUGGGGCGGCCAGGAGAGGUCACAUCACCUCAGGCUGCGCCUCAGCCAGGGGGGCAGCCGGGGGUCACUGCUACACCCUGCGGCGUGCAGAGGGGGCAGCCGGGGGACGUAGCAACACCCAGGGGCAGGCGACAGACGAGGGGGCGGUCAGGGGCGACAACAGCACUCUGGGACGUGCAACAUCCAGGAAGCCAACCGGGGGGGAUGGUAGCACCCCAGGGUGCGCAGCAGCCAGGAGGGUUGCCGGGGAUGACAGCAGGGGACUAUGAUAUGCAGCAGCUGGGAGGGCAGCCAGGGGUGGCCGCAGCAGACCAGGUCGUGCAGUGGCAAGGAGGAGGGUGUGAGCAGGGUACCGAAUCCCCACGGCAAUUGGCGCCGUUCGACACCCCCGUGGCGUCAGUAGAGGUGGCAGUGGCAUCGGAUGAGGGACACCAUGAGCUGCAUCCUCCGCUUCCCCGCUGCCCAUGCGACGUGUGA